UUUACGCGAGCUGUCAAGUGGAAAUUGUCGAAGCAAAAACAGCCGAAUCGCGCAAGGAAUCUUUCAACCACUAACGACGAAGAAAGAUGGCUGCAUCUGGAAAAUUUACUGUGCUAGCUCGUCAACUGAGCACCAGCUCGGUCGCCGCUCAGCUGGUCAAGCCCCCGGUGCAGGUGUUUGGCUUGGAGGGUCGCUAUGCUUGCGCCCUCUACUCGGCCGCCUCCAAGAACAAGGUGCUCGAUGUGGUUGAGAAAGACCUGAAGGCGCUCCAGACCCAGCUGCGAACGGAUUCGAAAGUACGCGAUCUUCUGCGCGAUCCAACGACGAAGCGUAGCGUUAAGGCGACCGCCCUCAAGGAUGUGUCGGACAAGGUGAAAUACAAUGCGGCCACCGGAAAUCUGCUGCAGCUGUUGGCCGAAAAUGGACGUCUUGCUCGCCUGGACGGUAUUAUUAAUGCGUUCCGACUGAUCAUGGCCGCCGAACGUGGUGAGGUGGUGUGCGAGGUUAAGACCGCGAAACCGCUGGACGAUGGACAACGCAAGCAACUGGAAAACGCUCUCAAGGCAUUCCUGAAACCGAACGAAACCAUUCAACUCACUGCCAAGGUUGAUCCGGCGUUGAUUGGUGGUAUGGUCGUUUCGAUUGGUGACAAGUAUGUGGACAUGAGCGUUGCCAGCAAAAUCAAGAAGUACACCGAGAUCAUUGCCGCGCCUGUCUAAAACGCCAGCAAUCGGCAAGGAACUGUAUGUAGCGAGUUUUCAGGGUGCUUCACGAUGGUUUCGUGGACUGCUUGGUUCAUAGCGGACGGCCACGGAUCGACGCGGAUCGAGGUACACAAAACACCUGUCUCGUUCACUCAAUCCUGGCCAUAUAGAAGUAUGAAAUUGAAUACAGUCGAUAAGAAAAAUAAAAAACCGGACCUAUAAGGGCCAUACAAAACAAGUAUUGUAAU